AUGGACAACAACAACACCACCAACACCACCACCACGGUUACUCCCAUUCCCAACAACAGCCUGACACAUACCAUCACAACCCUGCAAUCGAUCCUAUCAACCACCAAUCUCGACCAGGACAGACGAACUCUGCCCAUCAUCCCAGCAAGUGUACCGGGGCUGACGCAACUACAAGCGCACAUACUGGGGACACCGACGCAGACGCAAGCUGCAAGGCUGACGGGUUCAGGUACAGGCUCCAGCUCAGAGUCAGAGUCAGACUCAAGCUCAGGCUCAGACUCAGACUCAGACGCUCUAUCACGCCUGGCCACACACCUCGCCCACGACAUCCUGCCGUAUCUCAACCUAGCGUCCCUGUCGCCGAACUACUAUGGCUUCGUCACGGGCGGCGCCACCCCGGCGGCACUCCUGGGCGAUUUCCUCGCCUCCGUCUACGACCAGAACGUGCAGGUGCAUCUACCGCGCGACACGGCCGCCACCGCCCUCGAAGUGGCCGCGCUGAACCGACUCGUGCGGCUGUUCAGACUGCCUGAGGCCGAGUGGGCGAUUGGCGGCGCUGGGCCUGGCGGCGGCACCUUCACCACCGGCGCCACGGCGAGUAAUGUGCUAGGACUGGCGCUGGGGCGGGAAUACGUGCUGCGAAGGGCGCUGGAGAGGAAAACGAAAGCCGGGCUCAGUGCUGGUGCUGAAGCCGAAUCGUCCUCUCCAGACGAGAGCUUCAGCUGCGGAGACUACGGCAUCGCCGAACUCAUGGUCCAGGCCGGCGUGCGGAGGAUCCAGGUGCUGAGCACGCUGUCGCACUCGAGCAUGGCCAAAGCGGCCAGCGUGGUCGGCAUCGGGCGGAGGAAUGUGGUUUCCAUUCUGGCCGCACACAACGACAACGACAACGACACCAGCCUCAACCCACUACAAAUCGACAUCGACCGACUGGAGACAGAGGCUCGCAAAUCCAAACAGGACGGAGGCGUGCUCAGCAUCCUCACCCUAUCGGCCGGCGAGGUCAACACCGGCCGCUUCGCCACCGAUUCAUACGACGCCAUGGUGCGAGUGCGGCGGAUCUGCGAUGAAUAUGGCGUCUGGAUCCACGUCGACGGUGCCUUUGGGUUGUUCGGCCGGCUCUUCGACCCUGAAGAAGAAAAGAUUAACAAGGAGGAGCACGAAGAACCUAACAAGAAGGAGCACGAGGACGAAUACCCCGGGUAUCGUGAGAUCACGCGAGCCGUGCAAGGCCUGGAACUGGCCGAUUCCAUCACGGCCGACUGCCACAAACUGCUCAAUGUGCCUUACGACUGCGGCGUCUUCUUCACCAGACACAAGGCGCUCAGCGAGCUGGUCUUUGGCAACGGCAACGCGGCGUACCUGACGAGCGGCGCCAACAACAACGGCGGCAGUGGUGGUGAUGGUGGUGACCGCAUCCAGUCGCCUUUGAACAUCGGCCUCGAGAAUUCUCGCCGCUUCCGCGCCCUCCCAGUCUACUGCACGCUCGCCGCGUACGGCAGAGAAGGCCAUCUGGACAUGUUGAAACGGCAGAUCGCACUGGCCCGCCGCGUGACCAAGUGGCUCCUCCAAGACGCGAGGUUUGAGGCCAAGAAUGCCGACUUCGUCACCAACGUCAAUGCCACGCGCCACAUCUAUCUCACCGGCACGGUCUGGCGCGGCAAGCCGGCUGCACGCAUCGCCGUCAGUAAUUGGCAGGUGGAUGUGGAACGGGACGCAAAUAUCAUACAGGACGUGCUGCACCGGGCGGUGGGAGAAUCGUGA